AUGACUAUUGUAUCUAGACGCCCUUUUGAUGAUGAUCCAUUUUUUGGAGGAGAUAUCAAUAGAGAUGAUUUUUGGAAUAGAAGUUUAAUAAAAGAUUUUAAUGAUUGGCCUAAAGAUUGGCCAAGACCAGGUGAAUUAAUGAAAAAAUUUCGGUCAUCAUUUUCCUCAGAUUUUGAGUCAACCUGGCCAAGUCAUUGGCCAUCAAUAAAUACAGUAAUGCCCAGAUUCAAUAGACAUUUAUCAUCUAUAUCUCCAAACUGGAGAUCUGAUCCUUAUUGGAUUUCAACAUAUCCAACCUGGGCUGAACCAACAUUUAAGGAUGGUGUUGAUGUAUCAGUUAAUGUAAUUAAUAACCAAAAUGAAUUUACUGUGGAUGUUGAUGCAUAUCAAUUUAAACCUGAAGAAUUGACUGUUAAAACAAUGGAUGAUACAUUGAUUAUUGAAGGCAAACAUAGUGAUAUUAGAGAUAAUGACAAUUAUACAAAAAUGUAUUUUAUUAGAAAAUAUCAAUUACCUGAAGAAGUUGAUAUAACAAGAUUAGAAUCUUCAAUUGAUAGAAGAGGUAGACUUAUUGUUUCAGCACCAAAAUUUACUCAUAGACAAAAUAUUAAUUAUGGUAGAAAUUUACCCAUUCAACAAACACCAUACAGCCGCUCUAGAGAUGAAAGAUCUUAUGCAACUGAUUAUAAUAAACAUUAUAAAAGUGAUAUUCAUGAAGGAAUGUCUUCUGGCUCUUCGGGAUAUGGACAUAGUCCACCACACUCAAAUUAUAAUAGUCAUAGAACACAAUCACCUAAUAGAAGACCAGAUCAUCAACAAUCAACAUAUCAUGAAAGUUAUCAUAGAAGAGGAAUGUCACAUGAUAGAAAUAAUUAUGAAUCGAGAAAUUACUCACCAACUAGGUAUUCUCCAUCACCAAGGCCAUAUUCAAAUUCUGGAUGGAGAAAUAAUUAUCCACCAAACAAUGAUGGUGGUAGUUCAAAGGAAACCUAUGAAAGAAAUACACGUUAUCGUGAAGAAACAUUUUCUUCCACAAAUUCUAAUCCAAAAUUUACUCCUGAACCUAUUAUUAAUACUGGAGGAGGAUAUGUAAGAGAAAGAAAUAUUCCUGUAAGAUUUGAGGGUGACUCAAGUAAUAUACAUAAUCUUAGAAAAACUAGAAGUGGUCUAACUGAUGAGGAUAUUUCACAUGGUCUCAAGAAUUCUGGACAUAAAGAACAAUACCAACAUCAAUAUGAAAGAAGAGAUAGUAAUCAAAGUAGUACUAAUUCUGCUUCAAGAAGUAAAUCAGCUUCCAGAAUGUAUCAAUCCUCUAAAUAUUCAGUCAAAGAAGGAUAUUAA